AUGAAAAUGGAGGUAGAAGAAGGGAAAUCAUUGGUGGAAACACCAACAUGGGCUGUUGCUAGUGUUGUAUCAGUCAUGGUUCUUGUUGGGUUCUUCAUCAAUGCUGCUCUUAGACACACUGAGAAGUGGCUGUAUAGAACAAAGAGGAAAGCCCUUAUUGCUGCUCUAGAUAAGAUCAAAGAAGAACUAAUGCUGUUUGCUGUUCUUUCAUUGCUGAUGGGUCAUUGGAUCAUCUAUGCUGCCAAGAUUUGUGUUAAAUCAUCGGCAAUUAGUAGCCGGUUUUACCCAUGUUCAGUUGAGAAAAGUUACAUAGACCCACUUCAUCAUCAAAUACCUUUCCAUACUUAUUCGAAUUCCUCGGUUUCCAGACAGCUUUUGGGCCAUAAAAACAGCGAAAUCUGUCCUGAGGGUAGUUCGUCGUUUGCUUCGAAGGAAAGUCUUGAGCAGCUUCACCGUUUCUUGUUCGCUUUGGGUGUAACACACGUAUUUUACAGCUUCUUUGCGAUCGCCCUUGCCAUGAUCAAGAUCUACAGCUGGAGAAUUUGGGAAAACCAAGCCAAGGCCAUGGCUACUCCUGAACCACAAGGAUCCGUGGAAGCAGUAGGAAUGAGAAGAUUAUCUACUUUUAUUUAUCACAACACUGCUCAUCCAUGGAGCCAGCACAAUAUCCUCGUUUGGCUGCUUUGUUUCAGCCGACAAAUUUGGAGUUCCAUAAAUAGAGCAGAUUACCGAGCUUUGAGAUUGGGAUUCAUUACAACUCAUAAGCUACCACUAUCGUACGACUUUCAUAACUAUAUGCUUCGGAGCAUGGAGGAAGAGUUUCGAGAUAUUGUUGGGAUAAGCAUCCCUCUCUGGAUUUUCGCCAUUUUAUGCAUUUUUCUUGGUUUUCAUGGUACAUACAUCUACUUCUGGCUGUCGUUCCUACCAAUAAUCUUCGUCGUCCUUGUUGGUACUAAAUUGCAUCGGAUAGUAAUAAAACUGGCCGUUGAAACCAAGAACACGAGCCAGAGUCAAAGCCAAAGGUCGGAAAUCCAACAGAUUAACUUGAGGGAUGAGCUUUUCUGGUUCGGAAGGCCGAGGCUUUUGUUGAGAUUGAUACAGUUCAUAUCUUUCCAGAACGCUUUUGAAAUGGCUACAUGUCUUUGGUCUCUGUGGGAGGUGAACGGAACUUCUUGUUUUACAAAAAACCAUCGUGUUCUUGUGAUUCGCUUGACGUUUGGGAUUCUAUCACAAUUUUGGUGUAGUUUCAUCACAUUUCCUCUCUAUGUCAUUGUUACUCAGAUGGGCUCUCGGUUCAAGAAAACCAUAGUGUCGGAAAACGUAAGAGAGUCAUUGCACACAUGGCGGAGGAGGGUGAAGGCGAAACACCAGCACGAUUCUACUUUCACCCUCCUUCCGACAACAUCAUCGACCAUGUCUUUGGACUCGAUGGUCGAUGAUGAUCAAGAUGAGAUUGUGCCGUUCUCGAGUCCGCACGCUAUCACCGAAGAAACUAGUGGUCGAGUUCUUGAAGUUUCGACACCCGAUGAAAAGGGUCGUUUUGUUCCAAUUGCGUAAUGGCGAUUAUUGUGAGGAGAAAUAUAUUUCAUAUGUUUCGGAAAGA